AUGGAGUCUAUCCUCGCCUGUUUGCACUGGGGGAGCGAGGCGCUGCCUCUACCUGGCUCGCACAGCACAGUUCCUGAUGAUGACUUUCCGCCUUGGAAGUGCAUCAGUGAGGUGAUCCCUGGUCUCUACCUUACUUGUGCCUGCGAGAUGGCCGAUAAGACAAAGUGCGCCGCGAUGGGUGUAGCUCUUGUCAUCAACAUGUGCGGGGAAGAUGAUGCUGCAAAGUACCGCGUUUUUGAAAAGGAUGAGAGCGCAGCGUAUGCGUUUCGCCGGUUUGAUUCGCAGGAGAGUUUUGUCUGCGAGUUGAGCAGCUACUGCCAUAUCGCAGUGAGCACCCCAAAGGCGCAAAGAAAGGUGUUUGUUGUGACCAUUCUUGCAGAGGAUGCGCCGACGUACCGCAUUGACCAGCACUUCGUGGAGUGUGCAGUGCUUAUGGAAAUUGUUUUGCAGUCUAGAAAAGGUUAUGAAACGGUUAGCGAUGAGGACUACACAGCUGUCCCGGCUGUGGCAGUGCAUUGCAUGGUUGGCGUGAGCCGGUCGGCCUCCAUUGUCGUUGCAUACUUCAUAAAGAAAUACGGCCUGUCCCAAGACGAUGCUAUCAGUCUAAUCCGCUGCACGCGCCCGGUAGUUCAGCCAAACCCCGGGUUCCAGCGGCAACUCUCCAUGUGGAUGGCUCUCCGAAGCCAUCGCAUCGUUGACGAAUGGACGGCCAAGGUGCUUGCUGUCGAAAUAAAGGCCAAGUCGAACCUUGUCGAGAUAGCAAGCACGAUGCUACCAACCAUCUUGCGGGCGAAGAAGUGUGACAACGAGCGUCGCUACUUCGGGUCGCUUAUCAGAAAUGCUGCGCCGACCGAAGCAGAGCUGCAUGCUGUAUACCGGGAGCUUCGCUCAGUUGUCGCGGCGGAUGUCGAUAGUGAGGUCUACACAGACAUUCCCAACUACUUCGGCUACGUUGCCGAGGUUGUGCGCAGCAUCGAUUACACCGCUCCAGCGGUGCUGCAAUAUGCCACGGACUUUCGCAACUCACUCGUGUGCAACGAUGCUUUCUAUUAUCGUGUAGUGAAAGAUGUGGCUCGCUCAGGUUUUGAAAAAGACACAUUUGACACCAUUCGCGGCUUUUGCUCGCUGUUUGAAGCCAUCUACGUCAAGCACCUAUGCGCUCGCGACUCUGGCCACCCCGCAGCCUUGAACCCAAGCGCGGGUGAUACGGGGCUGCCGUCAGUGUGCGCGCUUUCAUUCCCUUUUUUGUUUCUUGUGGCACCUUACGCCGAGGGGUUUGUGCAGUUUAGCGAGUGGAACGCGCUGGUCAAUGAAUUCGCGACCACAGGGGACGCGCUGAGCGCCACCGACCUUCUGGGACUGAAAAACGAGACAGUGCGCAUGUUUCUUCAGUUCUUCUUUCAAUCUUCGCGUGCUGCGGAAGGGUCUGCCGCAACAGAAAGUUACACAAAGCUUGGUUUCUUGCAAAAUGAUGUUGAAGUGGUGACAUUUAGGGCAGUGGAGUCGGAUCUGAAGACCGGCGGCGGCUCCAUUGCCUCACUGGAGAGCGUCGUGGCCGUUUCCCAGUCAGUGGACAACCACGUUUCGUUUCUCCUGGUAUGCAAAACGCUGAGCGGCAUACUUGCUUUUCGUCUUCUUUUAGAAGCAGCGGAGCAGUUCCUCUCCCAGACAUACGGCGCACGACUGGGAGAAAGUGUGUCACUUGCUGACGAACUUCUGCCGCUACAUGUGAUCUCUGCGGCGGCUUUGUCACUAGAAAGCGCGUACACAGCAGUGCAUUGCAAACCAUGCAAGGCCGGCGAUUUCUUCAGGGGUGAGCUUUCGAGUCUUUUGGAGACUGGGGUUUUGAAUCCUGCUGGUGUGGUGUCGCUCUUCCAGGCACCGCCGUAG